UAUACUCCAUGGAAAUAAUAUCGCGUAUGUGGCAUCUGAGAAUGCGGAUUGUUUAUUGCCAAAAUGCAUUUGCACAAAUAAAUAUUUAACGUACUAAGGCAACUGAGCGUGCUAUAAAACGGUUAGGGCCGACUGAAACUUUUCGGAAGCGAAAAGAGAUUUUCUAACAAGUUGACAUUCAACAUACCGACGCUAAUGCACGGGGAAGAAAAUGUCAAGAACAAAAAGCGCACCGUAUAACCUAACGCGAUGGGACAACCCGGAGGAUCCACUCGCUCCUCUGACACCGAGUCAAAAAAAGUAUCUGUCUGUAUUGCAGGAUGAAAUGCUACCAGCGGAUCGUCCGAGCAACGUCACAGCACCUCAUAGGAAGUCGAAGGAUGAUAAUGAAGAAAAAAAAGAGGAGAAGGAGAUGUGCUAUUCGGAGAAGAUCGAGACGUAUCAAGAGUUACUCCAAAACUAUACCGCCUUGGAGAAGCGAUUUAUGUCUGUUGCGGACCUGAAGUACACAGCUUACUUAGACCAGCUGAAAUCGCGUCGAAACGAGUGUCAUCAACUGUGCGUAGAGAUAGAAAAUGCGCUGCAAGACUUUGCCACUUUGUCCAAGCAAUAUACAGCUGUAUCCUCCAGGACGACAUUGCUACACGAGGCCAGUGAGCAGCUGAUAUCAGACCAACAAAAGUUGAACUCGUUCAAUGAUGAGAUAGUGCGCCACUUGAAAUACUUCAAAGAGGUCGAUCGGAUUCUGGAAAAACUCGAGGCUCCAACUCUCUCUGUGAACAGUGAAAUCUUCUUCGAUCUACUCGACAAGAUCGACUCCAAUAUGGACUUUGUUCAGAACAACGAUAGCUUUAAAGAGAGCAGCACUUACCUUGUUAAGUACAGGCAUUGCCAGUCCAAGGCUAUUACUCUGAUACAACACUAUGUUUUUAACCAGUUUGCAAAUGCCACUGAAAGCAUUUUAAGCCCCAAAGAAACUGACAAUGAACCCAAGAACUCGGACGCAGCUUUAGCUCUAUUUUACGGCAGGUUUCAAUCUGUCCUACCCAAGAUUAAAAGUGUUCUGGAACAGAUUGAGUCCAAGUCUUCUAAGAGACAAGAGUAUGAGACGCUGUUGACAGAGUGCCAUCAGUCUUACUUGAGCCAUAGAGGAACGGUUUUAGGCCCUGGUGUCACUCAGGCUCUCAAUUCCGUCAAGGAAAGGUACAACGGGGACCACUGCAGUCUGGUGCGUCAUUCUUGUGCACUGCUGUUGCAUGCGUCAAUAGAUGAGCACCGUCUGUUCUACCAGUUCUUCAGUAAGACAUCGGCAUCAUUGAACGUGUACCUGGAAGGUCUUUGUACAUCUCUGUAUGAUUCGCUCCGACCUUUCAUCAUUCACAUCAACCAUCUUGAAACACUUGCUGAGAUCUGCUGUAUCCUUAGAAUAGAGAUGCUUGACGAGCACGUACAGAACAACUCUGAGCCUCUUCAAGGCUUCGGCAGCAUCUGCCUGCAGCUUCUUCACGACGUUCAGGAACGUCUAGUCUUCCGGGCUCAUCUAUAUCUACAAUCAGACGUUCUCAAUUACAACCCGUCGGCCGGAGAUCUUGCAUAUCCGGAGAAACUCAAGAUGAUGGAGGACAUUGCAGAGUCGAUACGUGAGGAAACUAACCAGCUCAGAAUGAAACGGAUUUCGUUAUCGUCGAAUGAUAGUGGAACACCUGAAGCGAUUUCUCGUAAUCAUUUGAUGAUGGAUCCCCUUCAUUAUCAGAAGUCCAGCGCUGCAAACUCUCCGGCUGAUUUGCAUGGAAUGUGGUAUCCGACAGUGAGACGCACGCUUGUCUGUCUCUCCAGGCUUUACAGGUGCGUCGAUAGGCCAGUCUUUCAAUCACUGAGUCAGGAAGCCAUAUCGCUUUGCGUUCAGAGCAUAGAGAGUGCUAGACAGAAGAUAAAUCUCAGGUCAACGCCACUAGAUGCGGAGCUCUUCCAAGUUAAGCAUUUACUGAUACUACGUGAGCAGAUCGCCCCUUUUCAGGUCGACUUCACUAUAAAGGAAUAUAGCUUGGACUUUUCCAAAGUUAAGACAGCAGCUUUUGGACUUCUUGAAAAGAGGUCUAGACUUUUUACACUCUCAAAUAACGCUCUGCUGGAAUUUCUGCUAGAAGGUGCUCCGCAGAUGAAGGAGCAGCUUAUUGAUUCGCGUAAACAUGUUGACGCUAAGCUCAAAUCGACUUGUCAACGUCUGAUACAGCAUGCUACUCACUUACUGAUUGAGCCAGUGAUAAAGCUGUUGGAGAGAGCAAAAAUGUACGUCAAUUCCGAUGGAUCUAGUAGAAUAAGGCAGCAGCCCUUUGGCUCUGCCCAAGAAAUAGCCAAGACCGUUGGGGAUACUCAGAGACUUAUUAAAUUUAAGUUACCAAAUAUUCAGCAAUCGAUGCAGCUUUACUUGGCCAACAGAGAAACCGAGUGCAUACUUUUUAGACCUAUCAAGAAUAACAUCGUUGCCGCUUUUACACAGUUGCUGCAAUUGCUGAGUAAUAAUUAUACCGCCGAGGAACUCCUCCUCAUUGCUUGUCCUUUGCCUGAUCAGAUUUCCGUUACUCUGAGCUCGACCAGCCUUGCACAUGGAAAAUUGGCCCAACAUGAAGCACAGCGAUUAGAGACGGCAGUAAAAAAGGUAGAAGAAAUUGGAGAUGGCGGAGUCAAGGGUAAUACGGAAACUUCGGUUAGUACUGUUUAAAGUUCGUUUAUGGAUUGAAAAAUUUAAGAUACCCUGAGUUAAAUUGGGAAGAGUAAUAUUGAGAGUAAUGUAUGAACGGUAACAGUGGUACCUCUGUAAUGAUUUUCAGUAUACAUAUUUAAAGAUAGGCAAUUCAAUUAGGUAUUUUGCAAUAAUAAAUUUUAAAAAUGUGAAUUAUUUAUGUACACAAAAUAAAAUUUGACAUAGAGUUAAAAUUAUUUGCCGUGAUGAUUGUUAUAGGUAUUUAGGAUCGAGUAUUUUUAUAAAUAGUAAUAUAUGAUAUGCAACGUAAGAAUAUUAUAUAUUAUAAAUGAUGUAUAUACAUUUACACCUGCUUAAGAUAGUAAUCAUGUACAUAAACAACGUUAAUAAACCUACAUUAUGUUUAACGAGAA